GUUUUGGUAAGUAGUGUCAAUUGGUCCUUAAGAAGAAACAUCUCAUAGCGUAGUUGGGUAAUUAACCGGUUUUUUAACCAAUGAUGGCUUGUAGUUUUGCUUGUUAUAAAAAUACUUAGAUUGACAAGUCGAAUUUCCGGUGAUCAUAAAUAAUUCUUUAACUACCUGGAUAAUGUGCCAGACUCGAUUGCGGCUGUUAAAUAAUCAGAAAAAAAAUCGAAGCGUGAAACCGCCCAUUUGUGAAGAAAAUUUCGGAGUUUCGGAGACAUGAGCGGUUUUGUAAAAAAAUUGUAACUUAGUCGGUUCUAAAACAUUAUACGCGGUUUCCUCGAAACGCUGUUUUCAGAGGCGGUAACGAAAAUUCCUUGGAAACAGCUAGAUUUAAAUCUUUACGCGACGUUCUUAGGUAUAUUUAUCAGUUAUUGAUUGUAGGAAUAAAUUUUUUCUCAAAAAACUACAAUGUUUCGGGAAGCCGCCGUUGUGUCAAAUAUCAAGAUUUUGACUAGUCCUUCCAUCACCUGUUUUCAUCUUAGCAAUAAUAACAUAAUUAUUUUAGUUUUUGGAUUUGAGAUAAUUUUAAGCAGAUAAAUCUUCCUCACUGUCAGAAACUUUUUUCGGAAGUUGUCCUGGAGAGCGGCUACGGGAUCAGGGGAAUACAAAACUAUACAAAAUGUUACAACCAACUCUACCUGAACUUUCUAGUUUUCUUAUAUUUAUAAUAAUUUCCAGCCUUAUUGUUGCAUUUGUGCCUUCCUUAUCGUAAAUUUUUAUAUAUCCUAGCACUUUUUUUUUCUCUCUUUUUUUUCUUGUGUUGCUUCAGCAUUUGUUUCAUUUGAAGCGUUAUAUUAAAAAACAAAAUUAUUAAAAUAAAAAUUUUAUAUAUGCCGUUUAUAUUGUCUUAUAAAUAAUUCUAUUCCAUUUAUACCUCAUCGCGCGGCUUGAAUAUGGUUGUAUUAAUUUAAGACACAUUAUCUAAAAACAAAUAUUAUGAACAAAAUACAACCCUGUGCCAUGUGUUUAUUGAUUUUCUUGUAGUUACUCGUUAUACUUCCAACGAUUAUAUUAUACUACUCGCUGCAUUGCAACUGUCAUACUCCGCGAAUCUUACCUCACAAGUCAACCAAGUAGAAAAAGCACAUAAAAUGGCUCUCCGUGGUUUCAGCAUGUCCAUGCAGCGUCAGCUGUUGAAGCAAUUGCUUAAAAAUACCCAAAGUGGUAGCAUUGCCUCCGUACAUACAUUGGAUAAGAUUGGCAACCGCGAAAUCGUCGGUUUUGGCUGGAACGGUACCGCUUGCUACGCUGACCGCACAGACUACCCAAUGCCAGCCAUUCGUUUCCGCGAGCCCACCAAUGAAAUUAAGGCUCUGCGCGAAAAGGAGAAGCAAGAUUGGAAAAAAUUGAGCCCUGAAGAAAUUAAGGUUUUGUAUCGUGCCAGUUUCUGCCAAACUUUCGCUGAAAUCCAAGCGCCAACCGGUGAAUGGAAACAGCAUUUAGGUAUUAGCUUCAUCUUUAUCGGCUUGGCCAUUUGGAUUGCAGUUCUCAUGAACCUCUUCGUUUACGAUGAAUUGCCAGUCACCUUCGAUGAUGAACACAAGAAGGCGCAAUUGAAGCGUAUGAUUGACUUGGAAGUCAAUCCCGUUACCGGUUUGACCUCCAAAUGGGAUUAUGAAAACAAGAAGUGGAAAUAAAUCAAAUAAGCUAAUUGUGUGAAAUAGUGCUGCCUCUGCAGUUAUUUAAUAAGUCUAAAGCAAUUCAAAUCUACAUAAUAUACCAUCAUUGCACAGUUAAUUACGAUGUUAGUGUUAUUGUAAUAAAGCUUGUAAACAAAUUUGAAGAAUACAGUACAUUGUAAACUAUGCUAUAAUUAACUAUGUGAAGCUUAAAGUGUUAAAGCAGAGCUUUAGUAAAUUUCUAAUGUUAAAACGACACAACAAACAAAGAGCGAGUAUUAUUAAAAUACAAACAUAUAUAAAAAGAAA